AGCCGUCAGUAUGGCCGGGCUAUGGCGGCGAGCACGGGCUACGUGCGGCUGUGGGGAGCGGCGCGGUGCUGGGCGCUGCGGCGGCCGAUGCUGGCCGCCGCCGGGGGGCGGGUCCCCACUGCAGCCGGAGCGUGGUUGCUCCGCGGCCAGCGGACCUGCGACGCCUCUCCUCCUUGGGCACUGUGGGGCCGAGGCCCGGCAAUUGGGGGCCAAUGGCGGGGGUUUUGGGAAGCGAAUAGCCGCGGCGGAGGCGCUUUCUCGGGGGGCGAGGACGCCUCCGAGGGCGGCGCGGAGGAAGGAGCUGGGGGCGCGGGGGGCAGCGCGGGCAGCGGGGAAGGCCCGGUCAUAACCGCGCUCACGCCCAUGACGAUUCCCGAUGUUUUCCCGCACCUGCCGCUCAUCGCCAUCACCCGCAACCCGGUGUUCCCGCGCUUUAUCAAGAUCAUCGAGGUUAAAAAUAAGAAGUUGGUUGAGCUGCUAAGAAGGAAAGUUCGUCUCGCCCAGCCUUAUGUCGGCGUCUUUCUAAAGAGAGAUGACAGCAACGAGUCGGAUGUGGUGGAGAGCCUGGAUGAAAUCUACCACACAGGGACGUUUGCCCAGAUCCACGAGAUGCAGGACCUUGGGGACAAGCUGCGCAUGAUCGUCAUGGGACACAGAAGAGUCCAUAUCAGCAGACAGCUGGAGGUGGAGCCUGAGGAGGAGAACAAGCACAAGCCCCGCAGGAAGUCGAAGCGGGGCAAGAAGGAGGCGGAGGACGAGCUGAGCGCCAGACACCCGGCGGAGCUGGCAGUGGAGCCCACCCCUGAGCUCCCGGCUGAGGUGCUCAUGGUGGAGGUAGAGAACGUCGUCCACGAGGACUUCCAGGUCACGGAGGAGGUGAAAGCUCUGACCGCAGAGAUCGUGAAGACCAUCCGGGACAUCAUUGCUUUGAACCCUCUCUACAGGGAGUCCGUGCUGCAGAUGAUGCAGGCUGGCCAGCGGGUGGUGGACAACCCCAUCUACCUGAGUGACAUGGGCGCCGCGCUCACUGGGGCUGAGUCCCAUGAGCUGCAGGACGUCCUGGAAGAGACCAACAUUCCGAAGCGGCUGUACAAGGCCCUCUCCCUGCUGAAGAAGGAAUUUGAACUGAGCAAGCUGCAGCAGCGCCUGGGGCGGGAGGUGGAGGAGAAGAUCAAGCAGACCCACCGCAAGUACCUGCUGCAGGAGCAGCUAAAGAUCAUCAAGAAGGAGCUGGGCCUGGAGAAGGACGAUAAGGAUGCCAUUGAGGAGAAGUUCCGGGAGCGCCUGAAGGAGCUCGUGGUCCCCAAGCAUGUCAUGGAUGUUGUGGACGAGGAGCUGAGCAAGCUGGGCCUGCUGGACAACCACUCCUCGGAGUUCAAUGUCACCCGCAACUACCUAGACUGGCUUACGUCCAUCCCUUGGGGCAAGUACAGCGAUGAGAACCUGGACCUGGCGCGGGCACAGGCAGUGCUGGAGGAAGACCACUACGGCAUGGAGGACGUCAAGAAACGCAUCCUGGAGUUCAUUGCCGUCAGCCAGCUCCGCGGCUCCACCCAGGGCAAGAUCCUCUGCUUCUAUGGCCCCCCUGGUGUGGGCAAGACCAGCAUUGCCCGCUCCAUCGCCCGCGCCCUGAACCGAGAGUACUUCCGCUUCAGCGUCGGGGGCAUGACUGACGUGGCGGAGAUCAAGGGCCACAGGCGGACCUAUGUGGGCGCCAUGCCUGGGAAGAUCAUCCAGUGUCUGAAGAAGACCAAGACGGAGAACCCCCUGAUCCUCAUCGACGAGGGCGGGCUGGCCAGGGGCACAGCGAGGGGCACCACCUGCUGUCUGCUGCCCCAGGUGGACAAGAUCGGCCGAGGCUACCAGGGGGACCCCUCGUCAGCACUGCUGGAGCUGCUGGACCCAGAGCAGAACGCCAACUUCCUGGACCACUACCUGGAUGUGCCCGUGGACUUGUCCAAGGUGCUGUUCAUCUGCACAGCCAACGUCACGGACACCAUCCCCGAGCCGCUGCGAGACCGCAUGGAGAUGAUCAACGUGUCGGGUUACGUGGCCCAGGAGAAGCUGGCCAUCGCAGAGCGCUACCUGGUGCCCCAGGCCCGCGCCCUGUGUGGCCUGGAUGAGAGCAAGGCCAAGCUGUCAUCGGACGUGCUGACGCUGCUCAUCAAGCAAUACUGCCGCGAGAGCGGCGUCCGCAACCUGCAGAAGCAAGUGGAGAAGGUGUUGCGGAAGUCGGCCUACAAGAUCGUCAGCGGCGAGGCCGAGUCCGUGGAGGUGACACCCGAGAACCUGCAGGACUUCGUGGGGAAGCCCGUGUUCACCGUGGAGCGCAUGUACGACGUGACACCGCCCGGCGUGGUCAUGGGGCUGGCCUGGACCGCAAUGGGAGGCUCCACGUUGUUUGUGGAGACAUCCCUGAGACGGCCACAGGACAAGGACACCAAGGGUGACAAGGAUGGCAGCCUGGAGGUGACAGGCCAGCUGGGGGAGGUGAUGAAGGAGAGCGCCCGCAUAGCCUACACCUUCGCCAGAGCCUUCCUCAUGCAGCACGCCCCCGCCAACGACUACCUGGUGACCUCACAUAUCCACCUGCACGUGCCCGAGGGCGCCACCCCCAAGGAUGGCCCGAGUGCGGGCUGCACCAUCGUCACGGCCCUGCUGUCCCUGGCCAUGGGCAGGCCUGUCCGGCAGAACCUGGCCAUGACUGGCGAAGUCUCCCUCACGGGCAAGAUCCUGCCUGUUGGCGGCAUCAAGGAGAAGACCAUUGCAGCCAAGCGCGCAGGGGUGACGUGCAUCGUCCUGCCAGCCGAGAACAAGAAGGACUUCUACGACCUAGCAGCAUUCAUCACCGAGGGCCUGGAGGUGCACUUUGUGGAGCACUACCGGGAGAUCUUCGACAUCGCCUUCCCGGACGAGCAGGCAGAGGCGCUGGCCAUGGAACGGUGACGGCCGCCCCGGGACUGCAGGCGGCGGAUGUCAGGCCCUGUCUGGGCCGCAACUGAGCGCUGCGGCGAGCGCGCCCGGACCUGGCAGCGGAGCCACCGAGCGAGCAGCUCGGUCCAGUGACCCAGAUCCCACGGAUCAGAGUGUGGCUUAGAAGCUAUUUAAUGAUUAAAGUCAUUUCCAGUA